GCACCGCAGACUAGCAGUCAUGUGUGACUCACAGGAAGUGCGAACCUCCUAGAGACUGACAGCAGACCCGGAGUUAGUGCUCCUUGGGAGCUCGUAUCUCACGCAUGCUUCAGAGCUGGUCAGACAUCGACCAUGUGUGACGCAGUAGUUGGCAUUAUCGGCAUGGGCGACAUGGGGAGGAUGUACGCGAGAAGGAUCAGUCAGGCUGGAUGGAGAGUACAUGCUUGCGACGUUCCCGAUAAGCUUGAGGCGCUCAGAGCCGAGUACGCGGACAAUAGUAACGUCUCCAUUCUUGACAGCGGACAUCUCGUAUCUCGUAGUUCAGAUUGGAUUAUGUAUGCUGUCGAAGCGAAGAACAUUGAUGCUGUUGUCGCCGCUUACGGUCCGUCCACCAAGAUUGGUGCCGUUGUCGGCGGACAAAUAUCGACAAAAGCACCAGAGAUUGCAGCUUUCGAGAGGCAUCUGCCGAGUGACACGGAGAUCGUAUCAUGUCAUUCGCUACAUGGGCCUGGCGUUGACCCAAAAGGCCAGCCACUUGUGAUCAUCAACCACCGCACCUCCGAAGGGUCGAAGGCGGUAGCGUUGGUCGAACGCAUACUCUCAUGCUUCAAGUCCCGGACCGUACACUUAUCAGCAGAGGCUCACGACCGCAUCACAGCGGACACGCAAGCCGUCACUCAUGCGGCCUUCCUGAGCAUGGGUGUUGCAUGGCAGGCCAACAAUCAAUUUCCCUGGGAGCUGCCCCGCUACGUUGGCGGGAUUGAAAACGUCAAAAUCAACCUAAUGAUGCGUAUAUACAGCAAUAAAUGGCACGUCUACGCCGGCUUAGCCAUCCUCAACCCGGCUGCCAAGCAACAAAUCCGACAGUAUGCCGAAUCCGUAACGGCGCUCUUCACAUUGAUGAUUGGUCGACAGCGACAGGAGCUCGUCGAGCGCGUCUAUGCCGCACGAGCCGCUGUCUUCGGCAAAGCACUCAAAGACGGCGAGGAGCUUCUGCUGCAAGAUGACCUCCUUGAGCGCUACAGUCUGCGCACGCAACCCACGCAGCGUGUCCGCAAUAAUCACCUUUCGCUUCUGGCCAUGGUGGACUGCUGGUCGCAGCUGAACAUCAACCCUUACGAUCACAUGAUUUGCUCGACGCCCUUGUUCCGUCUCUGGCUUGGAAUUACGGAGUACGUUUUCCGCAAUAAGGAUCUGCUUGACGAAUGUAUUGAGACGGCUUUGGAAGAUACAUCGUUCCGCGCAGACGACUUCGAAUUUGCGCAUGCCGCACGCGGUUGGAGUGAGUGUGUUGACUUAGGGUACAUGGACGCCUACCGGUUGCGGUUUGAGAAGAUUCAGAGGUAUUUUGAGCCGAGGUUUGAGGAGGCAAACAAAGUGGGUAAUCAAAUGAUGCAGGUCAUCGAGGAGAAUCUGAGGCAGAGAGGACAUAAGGCUGAGUAGGUCUUACGAAUUGAGUUAUGGCACGGUCAUCAUUACACAAAGUAGAUGAGAAGCCCUCAGGCAGCUAGACUAGCCCACCUGUCGAAUGCAAAUACCUAAUCAUACCAGCGCAAAAUCACGAGUCUGUAC